CAUCAGCAUGACAUGAAACAGCUGAUUGUUUUUUGUAAUAUAAUUUUAUUUACAUCCGAUAAAAUAAUUUAUUUCUAUAAAUAAAACAUGGAACGAGUAGCAAAAUUUGCUAAAAUAAUACGAAAUAAUUGGAAAAAGUCUGUUGUUGGUGUUAUAGCUUUAUAUUAUGGAGGAGCUACGCUAAAAGAAAAAUACGAGAUUAAUGUUUUAAUGCGAGCAGCAUGCAAAGAAGCAGCACAGUAUGGAGACGCGUUGAUCCCUAUGGAAAGAAAUCCGACUAUGGUGACUGUAAUUUUGAACCCUGUCGCGAACAAAAGGACGGCGAAACGGGAUUUUGAAAAGUAUUGCGAGCCGCUUCUGCAUUUAGCCGGGUUACAGAUCAAUGUAAUCCAAACGGCUUCAGAGGGCAAUGCUAAGGAUAUAGCGGAGACUUUGCACGGGACUGAAGCAAUAAUUGUGGCCGGUGGUGACGGAACUCUUUCUGAAACUGUCACAGGUCUACUAAGAAGGAAUGAUAAUGCAAAUCAGUUUCCUCUUGGUAUUAUUCCACUUGGGGCUACCAAUACAUUUGGGAACUCCCUCUUCCCAGGCGGCAAGGGUACAGAUAAAGUCAAGCAGCUGAUUGAAGCUUGCAUGGCAAUUAUAAAGGGCAACACAGAUUGGAAGGAUGCCAUGAAAGUAGAACCAAUAGCUUUAGAAGGAGAAACACCUAGUCGUCCCAUAUAUGCUGUCUCUUCUAUAGAGUAUGGGGCAUUCAGAGAUGCUCAAGCAAAAAAAGAUAAAUACUGGUUUUACGGACCACUUCGUGACUAUGCUACAUACAUUUUCAAUGGGUAUAAGAACUCUUUAACUUGGGAGUGCAACGGGACGAUAAAAUACACUCCACCGUGUGCGGGAUGCAGUAAUUGCAUUGUACAGAAAAAGAAAGAGGCUAGAAAAGUAUGGUCCCUAUUUAUGCCUAACACGAUAGCCGCAGUUGAUAAGCAGUUGUCUGAAAAUCCAGAUUGCUCUGCGACACAGGAGCUUUGUUACAAAACCUGCGAUUUCCGGAUCGAAACAGAAAAUAAGGGAGAAGUGCCAGCGUUAAAUGUCAUGCUAGGAAAGAAUGGUUAUACAUAUACAGAAUUUGUUGCUGAAGGCUGGAGUCGUAUAAAGAAAGUAAGAAAUAACACUUUUGUUAUUCCGGUCAGAACUGUGGAGCUGCUACCACUUGAAAAUGAAAAUGAAGUAAUGAUCGAAAUAGACAGAGAAGAGUUUGAGGUAAAACCAGUGAAAGUUACACUAUUGCCUAAGAUUAUCAAGUUGUUCUGCUCACAGCAGGUUAACAGUUAAAAUUGAAUACUUUUAUUUGGGAAGGAUCUGACAUUAGCUGUAGAACUAAAGUCAAGGCUAUAUUGUUGCUAUCAGGACAGAACACAAAGAAUAGUUCAAAGUGGAUGAAGACUACUCCAGCCAGUUUUAAAAAUAAAUGAAUGUAUUUUCUGGAUUCACUAAAAGGCAUUUAAACUUAUAAAUGUUAUAUUAUAUUUAAUACAGAAACUUAAUAUUAA